GACACGUGGUGGAGGAGGAGGACCAAUUAGAAGGGGAGGAGGAGACGGGGGAGCGGUCACAUGAUGACAUGAGGAGGAGGUCACAUGACACGAGGAGAACGUCACAUGACAAGAGGAGAACGUCACAUGACAUGAGGGAGAGGUCACAUGACACGAGGGGAACGUCACAUGACGGCAGCGUGUACUUCAUUAGGCCGGACUCUGACGUCAUUUCCAAGAUGGCGUCCGUCUGUCCUGAGGGGGGGUCACGGCACCUGGACAUGUACCCUCUGGAGUACCAGACCCAAGGGCCGGCAUCGUCACGGCAACCACCAUCACCACCACCAUCACCACCAUCACCACCAUCAUCACCACCAUCAGCCAAGGGGCCGCCACCCCCCGUGGCUAAGAAACCAAAGAACCCCUUUGCCAAGGCGGAGAGGGACAGAGACAAACACAGACACAGAGACAGGGACAGACAGAGAGAGAGCUCAUCUCCCCCGUCCUACAGGGACAGACACAGAGAGAGAUCUUCUCCCCCGUCCUCAGCUUUGGAGAUCAGUGGAGAAUGGAGUGACUACCCUGAGACAUUCGACGACAUCCCACCUCAUUACCCACAUGCUUACAAUGAUGCCCACGAGGAUUUCGAGUCCAGAGCACUCAGGGCGGGGCUGGACACGAGGCACGAGAGAGACAGCGCACUCAGGGCGGGGCUGGACACGAGGCACGAGAGAGACAGCGGCGAUGACCCUGAUGUGGACGACGUGACGGAGCCGCGGGACGAGAGAGAACGGAGCGAUCGGGAGAGGGCCAUCAUGAGGCAGAUCAGGGACGCCAGACGCCGGGCGCUCGGCGGCGGAAACGACACUCACCAUCAGGUGCUCGACAUGCAGGAUGACAUGACACACAGGCUGCUUGUGGACCUCGACAACGACGGAGGUAGGCGCAGGAUCCAGAGCGAAGCAGCAGCAGGUGGUGGCGUGAGGGGGAGAGCGGAUGCUGACAAUUUGGACUUUGGGCAAACUGAGACCAAAGCCGUGGAGAGGGGCCGCAGUCGCACGCUGCCCACGCCUGACACCAGAGCAGCCCAGGAGGAGAAGGAGGAUUACAACGAGGUGACGAGGUACAAACCCGUACGAGAACUCAUCAAGGAGACCAGCCGCAAACAGGAAGCGGCCAGACACAAAGCGGAAGCAGAGAGACAGCAGCGCUCGCCCCGCCUCCCAUCGCGAGAGGAGAGCAGAGGGGAGAGACAGCAGCAGAUAGGCCUGCAGUCAAGGAGAGACGAGGAGGAGGAGGAGGUGAGACAGCAUCGCUCCCCGGAGGAGGAGGUGAGACAGCAUCGCUCCCUCUUACAGAGGGAGGAGGAGGAGGUGAGACAGCAUCGCUCCCCGGAGGAGGAGGUGAGACAGCAUCGCUCCCUCUUACAGAGGGAGGAGGAGGAGGUGAGACAGCAUCGCUCCCCGGAGGAGGGAGUGAGACAGCAUCGUUCCUUGUCCAACAGGCAAGAUGAGGAGGUCAUACAGUACCGCUCCCUGCCUAAGUCACUGGAGGAUGAUGUGAGACAGUACCGCUCCCUGCCCCGGCGCGAGGAGGUCAGAGGAGGAGGAGAGGGCAGUCUGGAGAGGGGGGAGACGGGGGCUGGUAGCCUAGAAAGGGGUGCCAGCCUCAAGGUGUCGCAGAUGAAGAAGGCCUUCGACGUCACCAAGAAGACCACAGCACCCCCAGUGGAGCGGAGGGCAUCUCCCAAAAAAGACAUGAGGCGCGUGGUGCGGCAGAGUAAGUUCCGUCACGUGUUCGGCCAGGCGGUGAAGAAUGACCAGUGUUAUGACGACAUUCGCGUCUCCCGGGUUACCUGGGACUCCUCCUUCUGUGCCGUCAACCCCAAAUUCGUGGCCAUCAUCAUCGAGGCCAGCGGGGGAGGAGCCUUCCUAGUACUGCCCCUGCACAAGUCGGGACGUAUCGACAAGGCCUACCCGACGGUGUGUGGUCACACGGGCCCCGUGCUGGAUAUCGACUGGUGUCCUCACAACGAUCACGUCAUCGCCAGCGGCUCAGAAGACUGCACUGUCAUGGUGUGGCAGAUCCCGGAGAACGGUUUGACGUCGGCGCUGUCGGAGCCGGUGGUGGUGCUGGAGGGCCACAGCAAGAGAGUCGGCAUCGUCACCUGGCACCCCACCGCCCGCAACGUGCUGCUCAGCGCAGGUUGUGAUAACGUGGUGAUCAUCUGGAACGUGGGGACGGGCGAGGCGCUGAUCACGCUGGACGAGAUGCAUCCGGACGUCAUCUUCAGCGUCAGCUGGAGCCACAACGGAGCGCUCAUCUGCACCGCGUGCAAAGACAAGAAGAUACGCGUCAUCGACCCACGCAAGGAACAGAUCAUCGCCGAGAAGGACAAGGCCCACGAAGGGGCUCGACCAAUGAGAGCGAUCUUCCUGGCGGACGGAAACGUCUUCACUACAGGCUUCAGUCGCAUGAGUGAGAGACAGCUGGCACUCUGGAACCCCAAAAACAUGGAGGAGCCGAUCACGGUGCACGAGAUGGACACCAGCAACGGAGUCCUGCUGCCCUUCUACGACCCUGAUACCAACGUGGUGUACCUGUGUGGCAAGGGUGACAGCUCCAUCAGGUAUUUUGAGAUUACGGACGAGGCGCCCUAUGUGCAUUACCUGAACACCUUCUCCUCCAAGGAGCCUCAGCGGGGGAUGGGCUACAUGCCCAAACGCGGCCUCGACGUCAACAAGUGCGAAAUCUCACGGUUUUACAAGCUGCACGAACGGAAGUGCGAACCCAUCAUCAUGACGGUCCCCCGCAAGUCGGACCUGUUCCAGGACGAUCUCUACCCGGACACGGCGGGGCCGGACCCUGCCAUCGAGGCGGAGGAUUGGUUCGAGGGCAAGAACGGCGAGCCGCAGCUGAUCUCGCUCAGGGACGGCUACAUCCCCGGCAAGAACCGCGACCUGAAGGUGGUGAAGAAGAACAUCCUGGAGACCAAGCCCGCCAAGAAGGCCGUCGCCGCCGCCGAGCCCACCGGCACCGCCGGGGACCCGCCCAAACCCGGCUCACCCAAACCCUCAGGGAGCGAUGCCAAGCUGGAGGAGCUGCUGCGCGAGGUCAAGUCUCUCCGCGACCUCGUGACCCUGCAGGAGCGGCGGAUCGCCAAGCUGGAGGACCAGGUGGGCAAGAUGGCCAUCUAGCCCCGCCCCCUCGCAACCAGCAGCAGCCAAUGGGGCGCCAGAGUGGCACUGUGGGCACCGACCAGACCACACCACACGAGGGCGCCACAGGAGAGGAGGAGGAGGAGGAGGAGGAGGAGGAGAGGUGUAUAAAGUAGAAGUACUCCUACAGAUGUUAUUUCAACACCAGUCGUGUGAUAUUGCAAAGUUGAAACCCUGCAGUAGUGUCAUAUAACUAGUGUUGUAAUCACACUGUCAUUUACACUACUUCUACUUCAUACAACGCUGUACGAGAGGAGAGAAGGAGAGAGAAAGAAAAGAGAGAGAGAGAGAGAGAGAAAGAAAAGAGAGAGAGAGAGAGAGAGAGAGAGAGACUGCCAUCAGACGUGCUCAGAUCCACCAUCUACUCUGGAGAGAGAGAGGGAGAGAUUCUACCGCCCUGCCCCCUCCCCUCCCCUCCCCUCCAAGGGCCCCACACCAUCCCCCAGGGGCCACACUGCCAAAAAAUAAUAAAUAAAUAAAAAGAUGAAAUGCGCCCCACUACUUACCCCCCACAUGCACGCACACUCACACACACACACACACGCACGCGCGCGCGCGCACACACACACACACACAC